UCCUACUGCCUCUCUCCAUCGGGGAAGACUGGGACUUAUCAUUGGAACUGCGCGCUUCGCGGUAGUACUUUACUGUGGAUUUUAAAUUCACCACCUGCGUUUUCAAAACAGCCCGUUCGCUCGAGACAAACUACCAAUAGAAUCGACAUGAACAGUCCGGUGUGCUGGGUUAUCCUGAUCGGGAUGGCUAUUCUGCUGCUUCAACAAGGAUUACCAGUCCAUAGCCAAGGGGAUUCUCAAUCUGACAACACAAUGAUGGACAACAUUACCGUCAGGCAAGGUGAAACGGUUGUUCUCAGGUGUUUGCAGGGCAACUCUGUGACGCACACAGCCUGGCUGAACCGCUCCAGCAUCCUGUACGCCGGAGAAGAGAAGUGGUCAGUCGACCCCAGAGUGAGUCUGCUGGCACUGAACCAGGAGGAAUUCACCAUACAGAUGGAGGACAUGGAUACGUCUGAUGAGGGCCUGUACACGUGCGCAGUGCAGACGCGAACCAGGCCCAGAACCACAGCGGUGCACAUUAUUGUCCUGGUGUCACCGAAAAUCAUAAAUUUAGCAAAGAACAUAACUGUGAAUGAAGGUUCGAAUGUCACUCUCUUGUGCUCUGCAAAUGGAAAGCCAGAACCCACGGUCACUUGGAGAUUUCUGUCACCAGCCGACCAGGUUGCCGUCUCAGAGGACGAGUAUCUGGAAAUCCCGGCGAUCACUCGGCAGAAAGCAGGAAGUUACGAGUGCACCGCGUCCAAUGAGGUGUCCACAGAUGUGCAGACCACAGAACUAAUUGUCAACUACCCACCAGCUGUUUCAGAAGGUAAAGACAUCGGCGUUGCUCUGGGUCAGAGAGCCAUCCUCCUGUGUGAGGCAGAUUCUCAGCCUGCCGCCGAGUUUGAGUGGUACAAAGAGGAGAAAAGGAUCACCGAUGAGGUUGAAGGUAUUGAGAUCGAGAACACUGCAGAAUAUUCAAAGUUGAUCCUUUUCAACAUCUCAGAAGAUGGUUAUGGAAACUACACUUGUGUCUCCAUCAACAAACUUGGCAGUGCAAAUACAAGCAUUGUUGUGUAUGAAGUAAUUGAGCCCACUAGCUCGACACUGUUGCAAGAAAAGACAACAUUUCUCAUGGCAUCAACAUAUUAUCCAAUACUGAAAGGGCCCGGAGCAGUGCAGGAUGGGAAUAGCAGUGCCGUGGGAACGUACACCUCAGCCUGUCUACUCCUUGUGAUGUGUCUUCAGCUCCUGCUCAGGUUUUGAUACAAAAUGGCGAUCUGGAGGGCAGCUGGACAUCCACAUGCUUUUAUUAUUUUUUUCUCUCUGGCUUUCUCCCUCUCACGUCUCUCUCCUGGCACAACAGACUGUUGUACAUUAUGUGCAUGGGGGCAACCAUUACAGUACAUGUCAUUUCCAAUCUCUAAAUGUUCUCAAACUUAAUGUUUUUAAUUUAAAAAAAAAUGUUUAUUUCUUUCAUUUUGAGAGGAGGAUGGGGAGGUGGUGGGUGAGCAGUGGGGAUGUGUAAAGUGUGGUUGAAAUUUGAAAGCUUAAACUUUAAGCUAAGCUGCCCGCUGUGUUGCUGCGGCCUAUUGCAGACAAUGGUUGGAUUGCUACUUUUGAGAAAUAAAUAAUAAGUUAACCAUAUGGGUUACUGGGUAUAUUUCACCAGCUCACUUAGUGAGUGGCUCUUUCUGUUGGCUAACUUAUGCAUAUCUUAUUUUAAAGGAUUUUAGGCAUCAUUCUUUUGCUGGAUAAUGAAACUUCCAGACAAGAUAUCCAUCUUUACUUUAAGCCAUUUGUUUAAGUUGAAUCACAUUAUGGUAGAACUGAAUCUAGAGUAAGGGCCAUUUUUACUAAGGAUAUUUUAUAGACGCCAGCAAGACAAAUAGCAUUUUUUUGUACCUACUAUGGUUUGUACUGAUAAAAUGACAGAAAUGCAGCAUCCCUAAAUUCCCUCAUUUACACAACCACUCUUUGUAAAUACCCUGCUAAAUUGAAAACAUGCAGUGACAGAAUUUUACGGCCCCUGACGGUAAUUUGCGGUGUUCUUAGUAAAUAUGGCCCAUUGUGUGUUUUCUUUUUUGUUUGUUUGUGUUUGUUUUGCGUCUAAAGAGAGCAGUAUUAUAUUUCGGAAGACAAAUUAUAUGGUUAUUGAGUAAGGUAUUUUCCCCACAAUUAUGUAAAUUGUGAUAUUAUUAAUGUGAUGUGCACUAUGCUAAUUUUUGUGUUAUUGAUGACAUUUUAAGAGAGAUGUUGAUAUAAAAAGGUUACUGUUGAUGUUCUGGUAAAUAUCAAAUUGUGAUUCAGCUAUUAAAAGUUGUGUUUUAACAUUUGAAAGCAAUUAUGUCAAGAAAUAGUGUAUUUUUCCAUUUAAAUCUCUCAAGCAGGAAGUGUAUCAUGGGAAUUGGGACUGUUCGGAUUGAAUGUGUCAUAAGGUCAGUUAUUGGUUAUUCAACCAGUGCCAGCAAAAGCCAGAUUGAUUUAAAUAAAGCAUUGUGUUUUUGAAUGUUCAUUUCAAAUGAUUAUGACCUGGGUUCAAUCAAGAUUUUUCACUGAAUUGUAAUUAAGUAUAUAUUUUUUCUUCAAGUACACUUCAGUUAAUUGUAAUUCAUUUGGAUAGUUUUACUUGCCAAACUGUUUGUAUUGUAUUGUAUAAAUAAAUACAUAAGCAAAUAAAUCAACAUUUGUCCUAAAUAAAUAAAUUAAGGACAAAUAUUGAUACAUUUAUGAGAUUUGCAGCAAGCUAGGUUUUUUUAUGUAGCUUACUGAAAUCUAAAAAAUAGGGGUGGCACCUGGGGUGGCCAAUCAAAUUCCAGAGGUGGCCAUUGCCUCCCUGGCCUCCCCAUUGGACACGCCCCUGACUGAAAUACUACUGCUCAAAAAUAAGAGAGUGUUAUAAAUGACAUUUUCCCCAACUGAGUGCAGUGACCCUUAAAAUUUGUAAUAAUAUACAUAUGAUUCUCGACAUUGAAAGUAUUUUAAAAUGACUAGGAAAGAAAGUUGUUUUUAACUAUAAAUACCAAUAAAAUACAAAAGACUAGUUUUAGUCAGAUGGAUGAGAAAUAAUUUCUAUUCAAUAGCCAUGGUAAAAUAAACAAAUGUAAAUAUGUUUGAACACUAUUAUGAUGAAAGGUCUAUUUUCCUGUUCAAAAAGUGAAACCAUUGUCAUUUUUUUUUUCAAUUAAGAUGAAUGAAAUCAUUAUUAAGCAAACCAGUGUGAAAAAAAUGAUGAUGUGUUUUAUGAUAGACCUUUACGAUAAACAAGUCAUUUUCACUGGAAAAUUAAUACAUAAGGCCCUCUUUUGUCCAAAAAGAGAAACUGCUAAAAUAACAAAUGUCUUUUUCCACUCAGAUGGGUAGGAAAUCAUCUUUAUUCAACCUUGGUGAAAUGAAUGAAAAUGUGUUUGCUGAUUUUUAUGAUGAAAAAGCUAUUCUCAUGUCAAUAAAGUGAAA